AUGCGCGGCCCCCCGGCCUGGCCGCUGCGGCUGCUCCUGAGGCGGGGCCCGGCCGCCCGCGACCCCGGGACCCGGCCGCCGCCGACGCUCCUGGCGCCGGCGCGGCUUGGGGACUCGGGGCCGUCGCUCCUCAAGGGUGGCGAAGCCGCGCGAGCCCCGCGGUGCCGGGCGGGCCGCUGCCCGGGCGGGGGUCCCGGCAGCCCCGCGGGCGGCGCGGGCCUGGCGCGGCUCCUGGCGCUGUGGACGCGGCCCUCCGGGCCCUCCAGGUGCGGGGCGCUCGCCGGGCCCGGCGUCCCCCGGCUCCCGCGCGCAGCGCUCCCCGGUGGCCCAGCGGCGGUCGCGCGGGCCGGGGGCGAGGCUUGGCUGCGCGAGCCGGCCUUGCCUGCGGCCGCGGCGACCCCCGGACACGACCCGCUGCAGCGGCCCAUGGCUGCCGGGCGCUCGGAGGCCCAGAAGCUCCUAAGGCUGGCGCAGCCCGAGCGCCGGAGGCUGGCAGCUGCAGUUGGGUUUCUGACGGUGUCCAGUGUCAUCACCAUGUCCGCCCCCUUCUUCCUGGGGAAGAUAAUCGACGUCAUUUACACAAACCCCUCUGCGGACUACAGCUCCAGCCUGACCCGCCUCUGCCUGGCGCUCGGCGGCGUGUUCCUGUGCGGCGCCGCGGCCAACGCCGUCCGCGUCUACCUCAUGCAGACGUCAGGUCAGCGCAUCGUGAAUAGGUUGAGAGCUUCGCUCUUCUCCUCGGUUCUGAGGCAGGAGGUCGCUUUCUUUGACAAGACGCGCACCGGAGAGCUGAUCAACCGCCUGUCCUCGGACGCGGCCCUGCUGGGGCGGUCGGUGACCGAGAACCUCUCGGACGGGCUCAGGGCCGGAGCCCAGGCUUCCAUUGGCGUUGGCAUGAUGUUUUUUGUCUCCCCUAAUCUGGCCACUUUUGUUUUGAGUGUGGUGCCUCCAAUAUCCAUCCUUGCUGUGCUUUAUGGCCGAUACCUACGGAAACUGACCAAAGUCACUCAGGACUCCCUGGCACAAGCCACUCAGCUAGCUGAGGAACGUAUUGGAAAUAUAAGAACUGUUCGAGCUUUUGGGAAAGAAAUGACUGAGAUAGAGAAAUACACCAGCAAAGUGGACCAUGUGAUGCAGUUAGCAAGGAAAGAGGCAUUUGCUCGGGCUGGUUUCUUUGGAGCAACCGGGCUCUCUGGGAACCUGAUCGUGCUUUCCGUCCUGUACAAAGGAGGACUGCUGAUGGGCAGUGCCCACAUGACAGUGGGUGAACUCUCUUCCUUCCUAAUGUAUGCUUUCUGGGUUGGAUUAAGCAUUGGAGGUCUGAGCUCCUUCUACUCAGAGCUGAUGAAGGGCCUGGGUGCCGGGGGCCGCCUCUGGGAGCUCCUCGAGAGAGAGCCGGAGCUUCCUUUCAAUGAGGGGGCCAUUUUAAACGAGAAGAGCUUCCAGGGUGCUUUGGAGUUCAAGAACGUGCAUUUCGCCUAUCCAGCUCGCCCAGAGGUGCCCAUAUUCCAGGAUUUCAGCCUUUCUAUCCCAGCAGGAUCCAUCACAGCGCUGGUUGGCCCAAGUGGUUCUGGCAAAUCAACAGUGAUUUCUCUCCUGCUGAGGUUGUACGACGCCAGCGCUGGAACGAUCAGUCUUGAUGGCCGUGACAUCCGUCAGCUAAAUCCAGUCUGGCUGAGAUCCAAGAUUGGGACAGUGAGUCAGGAACCAAUUUUGUUUUCUUGCUCGAUUGCGGAGAACAUUGCCUACGGUGCAGACGACCCUUCCUCGGUGACGGCUGAGCAGGUGGAGAAAGUGGCUGGUGUAGCCAAUGCAGCUGCUUUCAUCCGACACUUCCCUCAAGGGUUCAACACUGUGGUCGGAGAAAAGGGUGUUCUCCUCUCAGGUGGGCAGAAACAGCGAAUUGCAAUUGCCCGUGCUCUGCUUAAGAAUCCCAGAAUUCUUCUCCUAGAUGAAGCAACCAGUGCACUGGAUGCUGAAAACGAGUACCUCGUUCAGCAAGCUCUGGAUCGACUGAUGGAAGGAAGGACGGUGUUCAUCAUCGCCCAUCGUCUGUCCACCAUUAAGAAUGCCAAUAUGGUAGCUGUCCUUGACCGGGGGAAGAUCACCGAGUGUGGGAAACACGAAGAACUGCUUUCGAAACCAGACGGGAUAUACAGGAAAUUAAUGAAUAAACAGAGUUUUAUUUCAGUAUAAAGAAGCAAUUAUUGGUAAACUUAAUAUGAGACACUUUAAAUCAAAGCAGCACUGCAGGAAAAACAUUUUUUAAAAACCCAGGCUGUAUGAAAUCUGUAAAUCAUACUUCAAGUUAUUUGAAAUCUGCCUAUUUUUUCCAAAGAUUGUAAAAUACUGUUUUGAGAUCGACCUGUUCUCAAGACCUUUUUAUUCAGAGUUUUAAUAAUUGUAACUUUCUAAAUGUCUAGUUCACUGAAGUUAUUUUCAGGUUUUGUACUUUUAUCUUGGAAUAUUUUGAUUAAUAUAGCCUGGCACCUCACUUUCUUUUAUCUGCUGUUAUAAAUUGAAGCUAUUGUCAAAUGACAACUUUUAAAAGGGAAUUAUAAAUAAAGAGCCUAAUUAUUUUAGGCCACUUUACCAAUCACUGUGUAAUCUCUUGGUAGUACUCUACCUACUUUGGGUAUCAUUGUACCAGGUAGCAUAACAGAAGGUGAAAAUGUAACCCUUUAUUUUAUCCUGAUAAUCUCAUAAAGCAAACCUGACAUAUAUAUAUAUAUAUAUAUAUGUAUCUAUAUAUAUGUGUGUAUAUAUAUAUGUAUAUAUAUGUGUGUGUGUGUAUAUAUAUAUAUAUAUAUAUACACACACACACACACACAAAUAGUUAACAUCACAUGGCAAGGGGGGAUCAUGUAUGUUCCCCAUCUCCUCUCUUCAGAGGUGUGAAAGUUCAGGGACAUGGUGUUCCUCUGGGCUGAGGCUGUGUUUGGAUGUGUGUGUUUUCAACAUUUUUGGCACAUAAGAACCUGAUGAGUUGUGAAAAGGGAAGAGGCCCCAUCCUUUGAAUAUGAGAACUUCUGAUUUCAUUAUUUACAUAUUUGUUUCUGUGAAUUUGGGAAGCCAGGUAUUAUCAAGAAGGAUGUAAAAAUGAAUUUUACACUUAUGUUGUCUGAGGCAUGUAUCUUGAAAAUUAUCUUUUAAGAGUUUAUAAUUCCUAGCCAAAUUUUACAGCUUUUUAUCAGUUACUUAGUUUUGAAAUUUCAUUCAAUGAGGCUAAAUUCCAAAAUUAUUAAUAUAACUGUAAUGUUCAACCUUAAAACAUUUGAAGGAAACUUAUACAUUCUUGCUAUUCUGCAGAAGAUCAAGAAAGCUUAAGAGCUUUUCACUCUUCUGAAAAGAGGACAUAACUAACCAUCUUUCUUUUAUUUGUGGUUAUAGUUUUAUUCACCUAAAUUUCUGAAAAUUCCUCAAGCAAUGCUGACGCCAUUGGAUUUGUCGUAUUUCAUAUCGGCACCAUUAAUUUGCUGUUGCCUCAAGAAAAAGUGCUUUUCUACAUUGAUAAUGCCAGAACCUAAGAAGUGACAAUGUUGAUGUGAUUCAAAUGGACGUUUCCUUGUGUCCUAAGUAUUGAUUAGUUUCCUGAUUAUACUGGAAGAAACCACUAUUUCACGAUAAGCAUGGAGUAUUACAUUUAUUCUACGUAAGGGAAUUUAUUAAUGAAUAAAAUGAGUUCAGUGAAUGAAUGAACUCAGUGUUCUUUGAAUUAGUAAACAGUACAUCUGUGACAGUAAUUUUAACAAGCUUUACUUGUUUUCUUCAUGGUUUACUACUAUGGUAUAGUUCUCAGAAAGAUACAAUCACAAGGUUGGAUCUGAGGGAAAUCUCUGUGCCAUAGAAAUAUUUACAAAAUUGAAUUUGAUCAUUACAUUUUAUUUUCUUAUACAAUGUGUUAAUUGUGUCUUGGGUAACAUUUUAUGUCAUGGAUUAAAAUUCAAGCACAUUACA